AUGAAUUCUUGCUUAACCGGGACGUCUGAUUAUAGCGCCGCCGAAUUGAUCUCCACCGUCCAUCCCGACAUCAUCAAGACCCAUAUCUUCACCCGUCUCGACGGCGCCAGCCUCCUCUCCGCCGCCUGCGCUUCCUCCAAGUUAUACUCCCUCUCCAACGAGGACAACCUCUGGCGCGAAAUCUGCACUGCCGCGUGGCCUUCUAUCUCCGACCCGCGUGUCACCCGCGCCAUCUCCACCUUCCCCGUCGGCCACCGCUCCUUCUUCUCCGAUUCCUUCCCAAUCCUCGAUCAGCACUCGUCAAAUCCGCGUCUGCGGUCUUCGACGAUCACGCCGGAGUUAAUCUCGGCCGUCGAUAUUUACUACCAGGGUAAACUUGUAAUUUUCUCCAAAGUCCAAGAAACAGAGACGGCGACCGGCUGGUUUCUCUCCUCGCCUUUCCGGGUCGAUUUACUCGAACAAGAAGAGUCGGUCCCAACCCGGAUAAGACACCAGGGCCAAAAUCUUGCUCGCCACUUGGAAGAAAACUUGACGCUGAGCUGGAUACUCGUCGACCCGACCCGAAACAGAGCCAUGAACGUGUCGAGCCGGAGACCGGUUUCCGUUCAGAGGAACUGGUUUACAGGCGACACGGAGGUCAUGUUUGCGACGAUCAUGGGGGGAGAUGAAGGGCGGGAACCGGAGAUUGUGGAGUGCAAAGUGGUUGUGGCGUGGUCGGGGAAGGAAGGAGGGGUAGUGGAGGUGAGGGAAGUGAGCAUGGUGGUGGAGGACAUCGAAGGAAGGAGGUUGAGCGGGAAGGAAAGUAUGGAGGUUCUGGGAGGAGCGAUGGAAGGAGGAAAGAGAAAGAAGGAAGGGAAGGAGGAGGAAGAGAAACAGAUAUACAAAGGGUUUGUGAGUAGGAAGAGGAGUCACAGAGAGAAAAACAAGAAGAAAGAGGAGGCUACAGAUUUGGCUUGCAUGGUUCUGGGUGUCACCAUUUUCAUAGCCUUUCUGUUCUUUGUUUUGUUAAGAUAA